AUGAAAAUCCAUUGUAUUAAUAUAUUGUUGUUUGCUCUUCCAUUAAAUAUAUUGGUAAAUACCCACAAGAAAACAUCCAUCACACCACUCCAUACACCAAAAAGACCAACUACUAGGUUAUUAUGCGAAUGCGAAUUAUAUUCACCUGCCAACUAUGAUAAUGACCCACAAAUGAAAGAAGUCAUGGAAAAUUUCAUUAAACAGACACAAGAAAGGUUUUACGAAUAUGAUGAAAGGAUGAAAACUACACGCCAAAAAUGUAAAGAACAAUGCGAAAAAGAUAUACAAAAAAUUAUUUUAAAAGACAAAUUAGAAAAAGAAUUAAUGGACAAAUUUGCCACACUACACACAGAUAUACAAAGUGAUGCUAUUCCAACAUGCGUUUGCGAAAAGUCGAUCGCGGACAAAAUGGAAAAAGGAUGUUUGCGAUGUGCAGGUGUAUUGGGAGGUGGUGUGAUGCCUGGAAUGGGAUUGAUAGAUGGAAGUCUUUUAGGUGCUAUAAGUGUGUUGCAACCUUUGGAAAUUGCAGCGGCUAAGGAUGCGGCCAUAGCUAAGGCUACUGAUGCCGCUAUUGAAGCUGGUAUAAAUACUGUUGUCUCUAAAAUUAAAGGAUUGCUUGCCUCUUUUACUGAAAAAGAAGUAUUAGUUGAUUUGACAAAAAUUGUUACUCCAUCAACAUAUAAUAAUGGUGCUAUUCUACAUAAAAGUGCUAUGGCACUAGCUAAUAAAUCCUGUGAUUUUGAAGGACGUGGAAUAAACAGUUCUUUUUGUAAUACACUAUACAACGGUGAGAAAACUACGUUUGAACCUUUCGCAAAAGCUGGUAUUGCUGAAUAUAAUGCAACAUAUACAUUACAAAAAGAAGCACUUGAAACAGCAAAUGUGGAUAUGGUAAAAGCUACAUAUGCCAGUUACCAGACUGCUAUUAUUGCUUCCAUCGUUGCAAUAGUGGUCAUAGUUUUAAUUAUGGUGAUAAUAUAUAAGAUUUUACGUUAUCGACGAAAAAAAAAAAUGAAGAAAAAACUGCAAUAUAUAAAAUUAUUAAAAGAAUAG